AUGCCUAAUUUUCCUCCUGUGUUCUCUGCUGCGCCGUUAUCCAAGCAGAGGGCCAUGGCAGCAUCUCGUGCGGCUGAGUUCUUGCGGCCAGAGGAUAGUGCUAGCAAUUUGGGCUCUACCACAUCAUGGACUAUGAUGGGUGACGGCUCGGUGCCAGAUGUGGGCCAGCCUGCUCAGGCACCAAAAGCGCCACCUCCCAGCUUAGUUCAGGGUAGCCAGGCACAAGGGUGGACAGCUGGUCAACCAGCAUCGACCAGUUCAGGGACACCACCACCAGCUGAUUUUAGCGCUUGGGGUGAAGUGGAUCCACCUAGAGCUGAACCUAGCGCUCCUCCUGCUCAACCAGCUUAUGCAGAUGCUCCAGCCAAUCAAGCUGCUCGCCAAGUUCUUGGAUCAGCACAACAGCAGGCCAAGAGGUUGGCUGCUCAGAAAGCUCAGGCCAAGCGCAAAGGCCAGAAAGGGAUCAAGUGGGGCCAGAUGUCUGGGGCCAACUCCCAGAAUUUUCAGCUCCCUCCAUUCAUCCAACAGCUUGGUGCUCAAGAAAACGAGCGAUCGGUCUUGGUGGUGGACAGCCGUGACAAACGGAUCCAGUCGCCGUUCCAAGGCUGGCUGUUAGAUGAGAUCCUGCUGAAUGCCCAGUGCGGGAUCAACGUGCUGUCUGAUGGGAAGCUGAUCAGAUCCCCAAAUUCUGGAUACCAUAUGAACGUGUUCUACGUCAGGACGCUUGACGGCUUCAAGUUCAUCCUGGUCGGCUGCAUGACAUCAUACGGCACAGUUCCAUGCGAAAAGUGGGAUGCUCCUACUGGCGCCGUUAUGGCUCAUCCGGCUUUUCAGCCGUUCCGUUGGCCUAUGAUGACCAACGAGAGUGCGACGUGGGUCGACGUGAAGUUCAAAGUAGAGGGUGAGUUGCUCCUGCACCUCGAGCUCCGAGGGUACCGCUCGGAUGAGGAUAUGACAGUUCAAAUGAAUUACCUGAACGAUGCCUUGAUCAGGAACAUGAACUCAACACUGUUCAUUCCCUCCAUGGUGGUCACCAUUUUUCAGGGCCGGAGAGUGAUCGCAACAUCGUUUGAAGUGGGCGGUCGCCUGUAUGCCUGCAGUGAUGGGGGCGUGGUCGUUGCCAUGGACUACCCCUUGUGUCACUUUGAAGUGAGGAUCACAGCAACGUCAUCGGCAGACUCGAUCGGACUUGAUGCUGACCGAUUGGAGUUCAGGUUUCGCUCUGCAGGUGACUCCGUUGACGUGCGCUGCUCGCAGAUUGUGGUGCCAUCGACGUGGUUGGUUGUGUCCAGGGUUUCUGGACCGACUCUGAUCAAGAAUGCCCGCUGGUGCCGCGAAGACUUUGCUCGCAUCGAAGGGCCUGAUCAGACUAUGCAGCUCUCUCAACUUGCAGGGAUCCAUGCUCAUUGGACAGCUGCUGUGGAGGCGGCAUUGAUCGAUGAGACCGGCCCCAGGAUCGGCGAAGUGGCAGUCAACACUCACCCUGCCAACUUACAUUUGACAUGUGAGUCGCCGCUCUUCAGGUCUGAGUUGAAGAUCGUGCCGAAGACUGCUUUGGCGCUGCAAGCUCAUGAUGUUGAACAAGAGCAGAGCACGGCAGUUCUGCCGCCUGUGACAGGGGGGCCGUCGGUGGUGCCCCUGGCCUCGGCUCCGGGCCGUUUGCGCGACCUGGCUGGGUCUUCAAGCCAAGCGCUCACUGUGACACCCAACGCUCAAGUGGGUGUGUCAGUGACAGAGCCUGGUCAGGCGCCGAUGUGUGCUGCUCCUGAAGGGGGAACGGUCUUGGUCCAGAGGAGGUCGCUCGAGACACGGAGAGCGGAAGCGAUGGCUCCAGCCACUGUGACUCCACAGGCCUUCCUUGAUCAAGUUGACACCGCCGUUUCUGGAUACCAUCAUCCGGCAGCGGCCCCAAAGUCAUUUGGACCGGCUCCUGUGGUCGAAGAGUACGGAGGGUUCAAGAUGGCUCACCACUCAGACAGAUGGGCCUCUAAGAUUUUGGCCCUGCCUGUGUUUUCUGAGGCCAUAUUGGCCUCGCAGUACUCGAACCUGGCUUUGAUCGCCGCGAUGGAGGUGCGGUCAGCGCCAGAGUUUGUGGUCCAAGUUCAUGAGUGGGAGGCAUCGCUUGAUCCAGAUGCUCGUGACAUUAUCCUGGGGAAUGGGUUCAUGCUUGAGCAGUACUGGAGCUUGGCCAGUGCGAUCGAGAAGGCGUAUUUUGCCUCCACAGCCAACCAACUAGGGUUUGGGCUGUGCGACCCAGUGACUGUUGCUCUGAGCGCUGAGGCGGCCGAGGCUCGCCGCAAGUUGGCCAUGAAGUCGCUCGUCUCUAAGCCUCAACAGCCCCCUAGGAAGCUCUUGAAAAAGGACUCCAAUGACUCGUCGGCCACCCCACUGUUGGACCAAGAGAAUGCCGCCAAGCUCAAAUGGUCCAACAAGUUGGAGGAGAUCGGCAAGCGGGCAGGGGUCUUCUCAAAGUUGCUCCAGGACACUUCAAAUGGUGAGGGCUUAUCAGCAGCAGAGACUGCUCGGCUGCGACAGUUAGUCCUCUCAUCUGGUGCUCCUAGGAUGAUGGCAGCUCAUAUCUCAGCUUGUGAAAGGUUCGAAGAUUGGGCAACGGCAGAAGGCCUUUGCGUGUUCCCGCUGACCCACGACAAGCUGCUCAAGUAUGCCUUGGCCCUCGAUCAGAAAGAGUGUGGGCCCUCUGUGCUGCCGUCAUUUCGCACGUCCGUCAGGUGGGUCACUUCGAAGCUCGCCAUCGAGUGUCCUGAUCUGGCUCAUCCUGCUCUGCUGGCUGUUCAAUCGGACAUCACCCAGAAAAGGGCCACCACGUUGAAAGAGGCGGUUCCCUUCUCUAUCGAGCUCGUGGGCUGCCUUGAGAUGUUCGUCUGUGACAAGCUGGAACCAGCGCCUGCUCGCCUUUUCAUAUGGUGGUGGCUCUGCAUGGUCUUUGCGUCGCUGAGGUUCGACGAUGCCAUGCAUGUGAAGCCCAUGGAGCUGCUCAUGUCCGAGGAGGGCUUGUUCGGCGUGGCGUGGCAGACGAAGGUCGAGCGCCGUCGUCGCGGAACCAAGUUCGUGGUGCCCCACGUUGGCUUCAAAGAGUCGAAGUGGCUUGAAGAGGGCUGGAACUUGUUCAGUUCAGAAGACUUGGAGCGCGACUACUGGAUGCGUGAGCUCAACACCAGGGAGGAGUUCAAGAACUCCCCGGCUUCCUACCAGAGGUCUCUUCAGUGGCUCAAGUUCCUGGCCAAGUACGCUCUGAACCAGAAGUUCGAGGGCCCAGAGGUGCGGUUGAAGGAGCUGAUCAGCACCCUGUCAUCGCUGACAGCUCAUUCCGCUCGUGUGACUCUGCUGGACGCAGCUGUUCAUGCAGGUCGCUCGACGGAAGAAAUUGGCUUGCAGGCCAAUUGGAAGAACCCGGGCCCCUUGGUGCUCAAAUACACACGGAAUCGGACUAGCGUACCGGCUCAGAUGGUGCGCCAGCUCGUGAAAGACAUGGUCGAGCAGGAACACCCGUUCGAGGCCCCAGCUGACGCAGUCCUCGAUGAAGUCGACCUCUGUGCUCUAGACGAGGUGAUGUUCUUCGUCAAGACGCAAGGGUCACGAGCGUCCCAUGACUAUCGCUACCACUGCCUGCAGGUGGAUGAUGAUCAAGUGAUGGCAUGCGGUCGCAUUCGCCUUGAAGAUUGCACCGAAGUGGGCUCUACACUGCCGGAUGUCUCCGUGCUCUGCAAGCAUUGUGCACGAGUUCGGCCAGAGGUGGCGUCCAGCGAUCAUCAAUCCAUAACCAUGGUCGAUCGCACCAACUAUGACAUUGACAAGACGCCCGAAUUGCCGUUGAGACAGAUCCUUGGGCGGCAACGGGUGCCCACGGAGCUGUGCAAGCUCGCUGCUGAUUCGGGUUUGUUGACUGUUGAGACCUUUGCCAUGCUCGGCGACACCAUUCAUGCGGUGAAGGCUGCUCUGCGCACCAUUGUGGCUGAUAACAAUCGGCUUGGUGCUGACGCUCCAGCGCAAGAGCUUGCCCUGACCAACUUGGCUGCGGUUUGGAAGACAUGCUCAACAAUGCAGGAUCAUUUUGCAGCCAGAAGAGCAAAGAUGGAGGAGGAUCCGUCCAAAGUCCCAGAAAUCCCAGGGGAGGAUCACGCUGAGUUUCGCGAUACGUUUGUCGCUCGACACCCGGACGUCCUCCUCCCUCUUCAUCGAGAACCUCACCGUAAGUUCGUUGAGCGGGUUCAGCGCGACUAUUUGGUCCAUGGCUUUGUGCAUUUCUACGAGGUGGGCGAGAUCCGCACCCGCAAUGAACAGAUCGCUCAGAAGUCAGGCAUCAGCAAGAAUGCUGAAGAUCUCCUGAGGGUGGUGAUGGUAGAUCAACCCACUUCAGCGAGCUCCGAGACGCAGGUCAUGGACAAGCUCCACGCCUUUUUCAUUACGCUGGAGUAUCUCAACAUUUGCGAGUUCUCGUUCGCUGCUGGCCCCCUCAAGUAUUUGGCAGAGCUCGAGGAAUGGCGGCACGAGAACCGUGGUCUUGCUUUGCUUUUGACUGUGGACACGCUCAUCCGGAAGAAAGUACAUCGUGUCAGCUCUGACCAGAGGAAGAAGUUCACCACUUUCUCGGCGGCAUUGCUCGAGGUGCUCACCCACCACAAGCAGCUCUGGAAUGAUGCCAGGUCCAGCGCGGAGCUCGACAAGUUCAAGCAGGCGCUCAACACCGGUGCUCCGAGCACCCCAGUGCGCAAGCGCUCGAGGUCCAGAUCUGGGUCGGCAAUCAAGACUUCGCCCAAAGCUCGCAAGAACAAGCAGAGAAGAGCUCGGCAGAAGGCCACUUUGCAGAAGGCCAAGGUGGCCCUAGCGGCUCAGAAGGGCAACAGCUCGGAGGCCCCGAAGAAGGCAGCUCGUGAUGAGCGCGUUCCCGCAAAAGAGUGGCAGAGGCUCAUUUCCUUCAAGUACUCGGGCCCCAAGCGCUGUCCUUUCUACAACUGCUCAUUGGGCUGCCGCUUCGGUGAUCAGUGCCAUUGGCUUCCGGAUCCAGCAGAGCCCAGUGAUGGUCCCCAGACGAAGAGUCGUUCGGACCGGAGAGGCGAGGCCGCCCUUGCCGUCUCUGCAUUUCAGUGGAGCCCACCUCACUUUAGGCCUGAAGUUUUGCCCGAAUCAGGCCCCUUUUUCCUUGAGUUGUUCGCGGGCAAGGCAGGCAUCUCAGAUGCUGUUCGUCUUGCUGGAGUUCAAGCCCUGCCUCCCGUGGACAUUGUGUUGUCAGAGUCAGUACCUGUCUCAGUGGAUGUGGUGGAUCUCACAAUGUGGCAUCGCAUCAUGUUCGUGCUCAAGCUGGGUAUCGUGCUCUUUUUGCACUGCGGCACUCCGUGCAACACUUUUACCUCAGCCCGAAAGCUCGAUGGCGGCCUGAUGGCGGCCCCCCGCCACUGCGCUCGGCAGCUGAUACGGCAAUUGAUCCACGAGACUCGUGCGCUCGGGCUGGAUUUUGACCAGUGUGCAUUUGGUGCUCCUUCCCUCAAGCCAACGCGCCUUCUGUGCUCGACCGAUCUGCUCGACGAUGUGUGCAUGCAUUGCCCUGGCGGUCACCAGCAUGUCAAGCUCAAAGGCAAAGUUUGGGAUCCUGUGCAGCAGCGGAUGGUUUUUCGCACUAAACAGGCUCAAGUCUAUCCUUGGGCGUUGUGCGCUACUGUGGCGACGGCGGUCUCGGAGUUGCUCACCAACCCGCUGGCGCACUUUCUCGCUUCAUUUCAACUGCAGACUCCGGCUGGUGAUCGCAAGCGUGCCCUGGGGUCAAGCAGGCAAUGGCCCGGGCACCGCCAAGCUGAGUCGGCAGCCAAGGCACAGCUCGCUGGCUAUCAGCUCAAGCGUGGGGCCGCUAAGCCGCUCUUGGAGUUUGAGAUGGAGCCGGGGGAAGCCAUUCGUGUCGCUCUCCAAGUGGUUCACCCCUUCACUGCGGAGGUCAUGCUGCCUGAAGCCUCUGCUCAGGCUCUUGCUCAACUACAACGUCCUGCUGCGGUUAUCCUUGCAGAGCGCCAGCGGCUCCUGGCGUUCUGGAAGCAGCGCGCCUUGGAGCUCCUGCCUCGCUCUAUUGCUCGGAUCCGCCAACAGCCAGAUCCAGCUCUGCGGCGUUUGCUUUUAGGUUGUCAUGAUCACGAAGCGCCUCAGCUUGGUCAAGUUUGCCAUGUGGAGCUCUAUGCGGAGAUGCUGGCAGCAUGCAACCCUGUGGAUCAUGACCUUCCGCAGCAUUUAUUGCACGGUUUUCCGAUCGUGGGGCCCAUCGCCGCCACCGGUCGAUGGCCACCAUAUCCGAAGCCUCAAAAAGAUCUACCAGUUCAAGCAGCUCUAGACCGGGCCUGGGCUCUCCGGCGGAAGAUUGUCUCUCGUGUGAAAGGUGUGCCAGUCUCUGAAAAUUUGAAGAAGAUCUGGCAAGCCUCGAUCGAGGACGUAGAAGAAGGCUCUUGCUUGGGCCCUUUUUCGUCGGAGGCCCAAGUCUCUGAAUGUCUGGGUUGCGAAGAUUGGAUCCCAACACAGCGCUUUGAGGUCGUUCAAAAGAACAAGGUGCGUGGUUGCGACAGUGCUACGACAAACAUGAUCAACCAAGUGACCAAGAUCACUGAGAAGCUCCAACUGCCGUCUACUGACAUGAAUGUGGCAGUACUUAGGCUCCUGAGGAAAGUUGCGCCAGACGAGGCGAUCCUAGGUUGGGUCUUGGACGAGAGGAAAGCCUAUCGUCAAGUCGCUGUACGACCUGAUCAUAGGAAGUUCUCUGUCAUCUGCCUGAAGGAUCCUACGUCUGGGCUCCCAAGUUUCUUUGUCAUGGUAGGGCACUCAUUUGGGUUGGUGUCUGCGGUGUACAAUUACAAUCGCCGGUCGGCGGCCAUCAACGAGUUUCUGGUCUCUAUUUUUGGUCUGGUUGCUUUUAGCUUCUACGACGACAAGUACGGAUUUGAGCCAGCUACAACAGCUGGCUGUGCUCGUGAAGUGGCAGAGAAAGUGCAUGAAUGGCUCGGAGCGAGGUUUGAUCAGAAGAAACUGCAGCUCUCGAGCGCCCCGACUAUUCUGGGAGUGACCUACAACCUGGAAGCCAUGCAGCUUGAGAUCAAGAAGGAACGUCGGGAAGAGAUCUCUUCCGAGAUUGACGCUAUCCUUCUGUCAGGGCUUCUGGAUCCCGGCUCUGCGGGGAAGCUGAAAGGAAAGCUCAUGUUUGGUGCAUCUCAGUUGUGGGGGAAAGUCGGCAGGGCUUUCUUGCGCGUGAUCUCUGAACGACAGUACCUGCGCUUUCCCAUCAAGAAUGAGUUCAAGCUGGAUGCGCCUUUGACAGAAGCUCUGAAGCAGUGGAAGAAGCUCGUCAAUGAAGGGAGAUUGAGGCAGCCUGUUCAGUUUUCUGCUACGGUCCCAGUUGAGAUCAAGAAGCGUUGGCUCCAGCGCACCACCCAGAUUGUCCCAGUGGAGAUGAUCGCGACUGUGCUUGCCCUGGAGACUUUUGCGGAGCGCGUUCGCGGAGCCGAUGUCAUCUUGCUCAUAGAUUCUGAGGCGGUCGAAGGAGACCAAGAGCUCAUCGCGAAGAUUUCGGCGGCCUCCGAGCAGGACGAGGACGAUGACCAGGCGCGGGCUACAGCGGGCUACAGCGGUGGCGGCGCUAUUGAUGGGAAAGAGAAGUUGAUUUCGGAGAUUGAGACCAUGCUGAGCAGAAAUGACCUUGCCAUUCUGCUCAAGGAGGUCCUUGGCGUUUUGGAAACCUUCAAAUGGCAAGAUAUGGCGACGGAAUUCCGGAAGUGGAUCUUUCAGAGCGACAACAGCGAGAACGUAGUCCGACGCGUGAUCGACGAAUCUGUGGAACUGCACAGGGACGCCAUUGGAGUGUUGACCUUGUCCAAAUUCCUGGCGGAUGAGACGUUGAGUUCCCACAGCUUGCUGGCUGCCAGGAAUUUGGCCGACUUUCAUGAGGCCAUCGAUCGGGAGAUGAAAUUGAUGUUGGAGAAGUGCGGCUUGGAUGAUUCCAUCACCCUGAGGCGCGUUUGGUGCGGGGCAGCACGAGAAACCAACAUGUGUUUGGGGUGCCAGUCAUGCCACCUUUGA